UUCGUCGCAGGUACGACUGUCCAUACCGAUUCUUGCCACUGUUAAUUGUGAUCGGCAAAGAGUGCGGUGACACCAUGACCUCCUUGUCGGUAAACAAAAAAGCCGCGCCCGCCCUGUUGGCUGCGCUCGCACAGAGCCUGGUAUUUCUCGUGGUUUGCUAUUCCCGGUCUUCGCAAUCGUUCCAGCCCGUGGUUGCACCGGUGUUCCGUGCCGACUCGUCAGUGCAAAAGAGACCCUUUGCCGGGUUCUACGCCAAACAACGGAGGCCGGGAGUCGCCAUCGGGAAUGGCAUGGCUGGCUCUGCUUCCGAGACGGAUGCUGUCUCGAUACCCUUCGACGGCAGCGAAGAUCGAUUCGACCGCUGGAGGUUUCUACAGGAAUUCCUCGAAGGCGACCACCCUUCUUCCGACGUCGUGAACAUAGUUCUUUAUCGAGUCCUUGAUGGUGCACUGAAAUAUCCCAGACCAUCGGGUGGCGGAGACACUUUCGGAAGCGAGGGCGAAAUAGAGAUGAAAGCAGAGGUGAAACAACGACUCGAAAAGAUAUUGACGGAGUACGCAACGAACGGCCGGGUGAACGCUGUCGCAACUAUGGGCAACCACGAGGAAGGGCUAGAGGAAGAAGAGAAAAAGGCGCUUGAAAUCCUCGAACAACUCGAGGGACUCCUCCCCGAUCCUGUCGAGAACGAAGACGACAACAAAUCGUUGUGGGACACCGUUAUCGAGUUGCACGGAAGACAAUCGGUCAAGAUCAACGAAAGCCAGAAUCCCGUGUCGAUGGAUUGGAAAACAGCCAGCACGGUUUCGAGGGUUCUGCUCCACUUUGACUUUUUGACGCUCGGAAUCGUCGACGCGCCUAUAAUAAAAAAGGAAUAAUAAAUUUCAUUGGACGAACCAUCAACCAUCGUCGCAGCCGUCGCCAUCGGUGGUUGUUUGAUACGAAGCGCAAC